AUGGGCCCCCAAUGGAAGAAUAGCCGUUUGAUUGAAGAGGAGGAGCUUCGCUUCUGUGUCUUCUUCUUCUCUCUCCCUCCGUUAACACAAUCCAUCACAAAUGAAGCUCUAAAAUGGCUAAGAUUCUUGCUCAUGAAGUUUAAUCCUUCUGCGAGGUCCAUCACAAAUGGUGCAUUUAAGGGCUGAGAGACAACCUCUAGUUUCUAAAGUUUAAUCCUUCUUCAGGGUAUGUGUGCCCUGUUUUUAUUAUGCUUAGACAUUUUCAAUUUUUCUUCUUCUGCAGUACAGAUUAGUUUUCUAUGGUACAUAUUUCGUUUUCAUGAAGAUGUAAUCAGUGCCAGAGAGAGUGAGAACUUGUACAUUUCUCAUAAUGUCAGUAUUGAUGGG